AUGGGGGAUCUGUUUAUGCUCAGGGUGGCUGUGGGCAUAUGCUAUGCCACCUUCAGUGCCUCUGCCUGGUCAGUAAACAAUUUCCUGAUAACAGGUCCCAAGGCCUAUCUGACCUACACUACCAGUGUGGCCCUGGGUGCCCAGAGUGGCAUUGAGGAGUGUAAGUUCCAAUUUGCUUGGGAGCGCUGGAACUGCCCUGAAAAUGCUCUCCAGCUCUCUACUCUCAACAGGCUGAGAGCCACCAGGGAGACUUCAUUCAUUCAUGCUGUCAGCUCUGCAGGAGUCAUGCACACCAUCACCAAGAACUGUAGCAUGGGCGACUUUGAAAACUGUGGCUGUGAUGAGUCAAAAAAUGGAAAAACUGGAGGCCAUGGCUGGAUCUGGGGAGGCUGCAGUGACAAUGUGGAAUUUGGGGAAAGGAUCUCCAAACUCUUUGUGGACAGCCUGGAGAAGGGAAAGGAUGCCAGAGCCCUGAUGAAUCUUCACAACAACAGAGCAGGCCGGCUGGCAGUGAGAGCCACCAUGAAAAGGACCUGCAAAUGCCACGGCAUCUCAGGGAGCUGCAGCAUCCAGACAUGCUGGCUGCAGCUGGCUGACUUCCGGGAAAUGGGAGAUUACCUAAAGGCCAAGUAUGACCAGGCACUGAAAAUUGAGAUGGAUAAGCGUCAGCUAAGGGCUGGGAACAGUGCCGAGGGCCACUGGGCACCCAAUGAAGCCUUCCUUCCUAGUGCAGAGGCUGAGCUGAUCUUUUUAGAGGAAUCGCCAGAUUAUUGUAUCCGCAAUUCCAGCCUGGGCAUCUAUGGCACAGAGGGUCGGGAAUGUCUGCAGAACAACCACAACACAUCCAGGUGGGAACGACACAGCUGUGGACGUCUGUGCACUGAGUGUGGCCUGCAGGUGGAAGAAAGGAGAACUGAGGCCAUCAGCAGCUGUAAUUGCAAAUUCCAGUGGUGCUGUACAGUCAACUGUGACCAGUGUAGGCAUGUGGUGAACAAGUACUAUUGCACACACUCCCCAGGCACUACUUGGUCCCCAGGGAAGGGCAGCACCUGA